AUGGCAACCACGAAUCUACCAGCUACGUCGUCUUCUGUGGCACACGACGAUGAGGAACAACCUAUUUCCCCAGAGGUAAAAGUAACGCCAACAAACGAACCCAGCGAUGUGUGGAACCUCUACCGUGCCGAACAGAACGGGGUGUGGACGACCGAAAAGCCGAAAGACUUGUCCCUCACUGUCGAACCGUCUGACUCCGACUCCUCCGGCUGGUAUGCCAUGGCGGUCCGCUGGACCAAGGAGGAGGGCGAGCGGCUGCAGGUCCACUCGAUCACCCUCCGCAACGAGGCGGUCAAGAAAGCCCUAACUCCCGUCUUCGCGGAAUACCCCGGGAUCACCAUGACGCUGGAGCACGUCGACUUUUCCUUUCCCUUCGUGCCGUUCGUCCGGCGCUGGGACCAGUUCGAGCAGGCUCGCGAAAGUGAGCAAGAUCCUGCCGUUCGACCCUACCUGGACGUCCUCCAUCGCACUUUAACCAGCGAAGUGGGCGAUAUCUUGGCGCGCCGCGCCGAUUGCCUGAAGAACGGCGUCAUCACCCACGACCUCCUCUGGACCCUCUUCACCCCGCACACAAUCCUGUUCUCGACGCAGGAAGGCUGGCCGCGCGCGUACAAGUGCGUCGACUCCUGGACCCAUGGCCCCGACGGUCCUCUGGACAUCAAGGCGGGCUAUGUUGACUACAACGGCGAAGAGUACUACAUGCGGUAUCAGAGCUUCAGCAUUUGUCCCUUCCAAGGCACGAUGGCCAUCGAGAAGUUGUCAAUAUUCCCCUUGGAGUACCAUGCUGACUCCGGGAGCAUGCGGCAGCAGCUCGUCACGCGGGGCCAGAAUUGGGAGACGUACAAGGGGUGUCACUACAGACAAUUCAAAGGCCCCGGCCGGAUUGUGAUUGAUGCCGUCGGGUAUCACAAGCACAGCGGAAUGUCGUUUCACAGUGGGAAUGAGGAGAGGGUCGCAGACGCAGCCCUAAGCGACGAGCAUCGGCUGCUGGCCACGCCUAUUUUGAAGGGUUACGCGCUGCGAAAGAAGACCUGGCGGCCGUUUCUGAUCGACUAUGUCGAGGAUAUUGUCUGGAACGACCGCGCAUUCGAGUCAUUGGCACAAUCCCUGGAUCUGUUCGACGAUGUGGUCCGCGGCAAAGGCCAGGGCGUCAAUUUUCUACUCAGCGGUCCACCGGGCGUAGGCAAGACAUUGACGGCGGAAAGCAUCGCGGAAGUCAUGAAGGCGCCCCUUUACAUCCUCAGCGCGGGCGAUCUCGGUACGAGCGCCGAAAAGGUGGAAUCCACCUUAGAGGAAGUUCUGGAGAUCGUUCCCCGGUGGGGCGCGGUUCUGCUCAUUGACGAGGCCGACGUGUUCCUGGAAGCGCGCACAACCUCCGAUCUCGCGCGGAACGAGCUGGUGUCGAUCUUCCUACGCAAACUGGAAUAUUAUGAGGGCCUUCUCUUUCUCACCAGCAACCGGGCGGAAAACAUCGACCCGGCCUUUGACUCGCGCAUCCACAUCUCGCUGCAAUAUCCGGACCUGGAUUCCGUCUCCCGGCGACAAAUCUGGGCGCAGUUUCUAGAUCAGAAUACGGGUUUCACAGAAGCGCAUUUUGACAGCCUUGCCGAGAUCACACUGAAUGGUCGGCAGAUCAAGAAUAUCCUCAAAACCGCCCAUCUGCUGGCGCGGGACCAGGAACGAGAGCUGCGCUAUGAGGACCUUGAAACGGUCAUUACUCUACGAUCACUCAGCCGGGGUGGUGUAUGA